AUGGUGGCUCUUAUCAUCGUAGGAGAGCGGGGUCAAGGCUUGAGCCAGUCUGUGUCGACCAAUAUCAGUGUGUUCGCCAUUCUUCCGUGUGAUUUUGAGGAAGGCACGACGUGUCAGUGGCUACAGGGGGUGGGGGAUGACUUUGACUGGACGCUUCACAGUGGGGAAACGCCGUCUGGCUUCACAGGUCCACCUUAUGAUCACACUAAAGGCAACGAUAACGGUCACUACCUCUAUACUGAAGCUUCCGACCCACAACAGCGCGGAGAUGUGGCACACAUCAUUAGCCCGUACAUCCUACCCUCACUCACAGACAGCUGCACGGUAACAUUCUUCUACCACAUGUUCGGAUAUCACAUCGGCGCACUGCGAGUUCUCCUCCAGACAUUAGGAAACGACACACCGCAGGUAGUAUGGGAACAGCAAGGCCAGGUCGGGGACAGAUGGGUGGAGGUUGAAGUGAACCUCACCAGUUUCAGGACAGCCGUCUUCCAGGUUGUCAUAGAGGGAGAGAUUGGCAGCUACCAAGGCGACAUCGCCAUCGACGACAUCUCCUUCUCACCAGGCUGUGAACGUAUAGAGGAAGGCAGUGUGCGCCUUGAAGACGGCACAACUCCUAACGAGGGUCGGGUAGAGAUUUUCCACAAUGGUGCGUGGGGCACGGUCUGUAACAGCGGCUGGACGGAACAGAGCGCGUCAAUAACCUGCCGACAAGGCGGCUACAAACAAGCCGUGUCGUCCGGGACCAGAUUCCCCGGACAGCCCGCUACACCGAUAUGGCUGAGCGACGUUGUGUGUACCGGGGAGGAGGAAGAACUUGCAGACUGUGACAGAUCGGUGUGGGGGCAGACUGGGACCUGCACACACAGCAUGGAUGUGUCUGUGGAAUGUUCAGGAUUUCGACCAUUCUGCCCGACAGUACACAAUGAGUGUCUGAAUGGCCAGUGUGUUCCCAGGGACAGGUGGUGUGACUUCACUGAUGACUGCGGGGACCAGACUGAUGAGCAGCAAUGUGCCUCCUACCCAGGUCGGUGUGACUUUCAGCACGGCCUGUGUGACUGGAUCCAGCCAGACCAGGAUGACGCAGACUGGAUUCGUCACUCCGGUUCAACUCCAACCUCCAACACUGGCCCUACAGCGGACCAUCUUGGAAGCACAAGUAGCUACUACCUGUAUCUGGAGGCUUCUGACAGCGGUCACAGAGAUAAAGCUCUCCUGGCGUACCCGCACACUUUUCGUCCAAGUUCGAGCUGCAAGGUACGUUUCUACUACCACAUUUACGGGCGAGAUGCCGGAUACCUGCGAGUCUUCCUCACCACGUCACAUGGAAGUCGGAAAGUUUGGGAGCUCCGUGGGGAACAGGGAAACAACUGGCACAGGGGCGUGGUACCGCUGUCGUCAGACAAAAACUUCCAGAUCUACAUAGAGGGAGAGGUAGGCUCGUCACAUAUUGGCGACAUCGGCCUCGAUGACGUCUCCCUGUCUGAUGACUGUGUACUGGCCAAUGACAGUUGUGAGACUAACGGAGGCCCAGUUUUCACCUGUGGCAUCGGCGGCUGUGUACCGGGGGAGUCCAGGUGUGACUUCACCUGGAACUGUGCGGAUGGAUCAGACGAGACAAACUGUGACGACAUUUUGGGUAGGUGCGACUUCGAGACGGAUUUGUGUUCCUGGCAACAAAACCGGGAGGAUAGCGCAGACUUUACUCGAGCAAGAGGUGCAGAUGUACAGGGACAACAGCUGCCUGUGACAGACCACACCUUUGACAGCUUUAUCGGUUACUACGUCUUUGUCAUUAACGCCUCGCCUGGACCCACGAACACACGGAGAGCCAAACUGAAGAGCACUAUUCAGCUGGGACAAAGUGUUGAUUGCAGUCUGCGCUUCUAUUACCAUUUCUCGGGAAGAAGUGCCAGCAACAUCUCAGUCGUCAUGAUGGAAGCAAACACAGGACUGAUGCAGCAGGUUUGGGUAAAGCCAAGGGAGGAGACACCCGCCUGGACGUUUGCCAAUGUGAUGUUGAGAGGACCUUUCUUAGUAUUCACGGUUUCGCUGUCAGUUUCCCUUGAUCUUAGUCUUGAGGGUGCAGUGGCUGUUGACGAUAUUUCGUUUUCACCAAGCUGUAUACAAGGAAAUCUAACACACGUGCGCACUACCACUACGGACAGGAACGAAGCGACGACUAAGGAGGACGCGUCCUCCCUUGUCACAACCACCACGUUUGAUUUGAUGACAAAGCCACCUGAUUCAGGUGGUUUAGCAACUGGUCCAUUGGUGGGAAUUGUUGUUGGCAGUCUGGUGUUCCUGGUGAUUAUGGUCGCAUGCGUCGUAUAUUUUGCACGAUCUGGCAAGCAUCCAUCUGCACUGUCACAGAGAAACACCCAAAGGGACGAGCCAGAUAGCAAUGACUAUGACCAGAAUGUACAGUACACCACUGGUUCGAGUCAAAUCAACCUUACCGACAUUGGUGCCCCGAACAUGGACGACCAGGGCUACGCCACUCUCACCGAGACGACACACGAGUAUCAGGCCCUCCAGUUCCAGCCCCCGCAUAGGUUCAUCUGCCCCUUCACAAAAUCCAUCAUGGUGGAACCCGUCACAGCAUCCGACGGAUACACGUAUGACAGGACUGAGAUUGAGGGUUGGCUGAUCCGAAAUCAGACCUCUCCCUCAACCAAUCAGAAACUGACAGACUUCACACUUGUUCCAAAUCUAGCGCUGAAGGCAGAGAUAGAUAAAUAUCAGGCUGCAGCUGCCGACAGAGCGCGGCCCUCAGCACAAGGGAAAACAUCGCCUCGGCUGACGAAUAUUUCAGUUUAAUA